GGUAAGGUCAUGCACACAGUUAAUUCUUACUGAAUCUUUGACUUAUAACAGCUGUAAUAACAAAUCCCAGAAAGCUCUUUACCGGUCUAAAUGUUUUAAACGAGUCUAUAAGACUGGGUCAAUGUUGAAGUGGGUGAUUUUGUGUGUUGAGCUGCAGUAAGAGAGCAGUCAUGAGCCCCAGCCAGGGUUCCCCUGCACCCCUGACCCUCACCGGCAGCCUGCAGAGACUCUUCAGUCAUGUGAAGAUCGAGAAUUUAAUAGCAGGGCUCAGUGGAGGAGUGGUGUCCACACUAGUGCUGCAUCCUCUGGACCUGGUCAAAAUUAGGUUUGCAGUGAGUGACGGUUUGGACGUGAGACCGAAGUACAGUGGAAUUCUGCACUGCAUGAAAAGCAUCUGGCAGCAGGAGGGUCUCCGGGGCCUUUAUCAAGGAGUCACCCCAAAUAUCUGGGGUGCUGGAGCAUCAUGGGGACUUUACUUUUUCUUUUACAAUGCAAUCAAAGCGUACAACAAAGAGGGCAGACAGACAGAGCUGAGUGCCACUGAACAUCUGCUGUCAGCAGCAGGAGCAGGGGCGAUGACGCUUUGCCUGACCAAUCCGAUCUGGGUCACCAAAACUCGCCUGGUUCUGCAGUACAGCACCGAUCCAUCUAAGAAGCUGUACAAGGGGAUGAUGGAUGCUCUUGUGAAAAUCUACCGCCAUGAAGGGAUCGCAGGACUCUAUCGGGGGUUUGUCCCGGGAUUGUUUGGAACCUCCCAUGGUGCACUGCAGUUUAUGGCAUAUGAAGAGCUGAAGAGAGAUUAUAACAAAUACAGAAAGAUGCAUUCAGAUGCUAAACUGAAUGCAUUAGAAUACAUUACCAUGGCAGCUUUGUCCAAAAUAUUCGCAGUGGCUACGACAUACCCGUAUCAGGUGGUCCGAGCCCGUCUGCAAGAUCAGCACAACACAUAUAAUGGAGUGGUAGAUGUCAUCCGCAGAACGUUUAGAAACGAGGGUCUGUUGGGUUUCUACAAAGGCAUGGUGCCCAACCUGAUCCGAGUCACUCCGGCCUGCUGCAUUACCUUCGUGGUCUAUGAGAAUGUUUCCGGCUUCCUCCUGGACCAGCACAAGUGAACUGAGAAGAGGAAUAAGUGCAGCGGAGCCGUCUUGCAGAGAGCAGAGCAGUACCUGGGAUGGGACGUCCCGUCAGCGACAGUGUUUGACUCCAGUGGAGGAGUCCGAAAUGUGAAUAGAGAGAAAUAAUACACCCUGGUCCUCUCUGGAGAACUGAAAUGCAUGAUGUUACCGAGUUCAGUGUGUCUAACAGAUAAAUGUAAUUUAUUCCUGUGAUGCAAAGCUGAAUUUUCAGCAUCAUUACACCAGUCUUCAGUGUCACAUGAUCCUUCAGAAAAUCAUUCUAAUAUCUUGAUUGGCAUCAUUUAUCAAUGUUAAAAACAUCUGUGUUUUUUCCAGGAUUCUUUGAUUAAUAGAAAGUUCAAAGUAACAGCAUUUAUUGAUAUAGAAAUCUGCUGUAACAUUAUAAAUGUCUUUUCCGCCAUUUCAGACCAAACACAUAGAUUUUGAGAUCUGUAUUGUCAGAAGGCCAGUUUUGUGUUUUUUUACCUAUAUUGCCCAGCCUUAAUGGUAAUUCAUCAGAGUAAAUCAAUGGUAAAACUGUUUUAUGUAAAUAAGUCUACUUCAUGUUUACAUCCAUGUUGCAUUGCUGCUGUUCCUGUGUAAUGGCCAAACCAAACCUCAGGCUUUAUUCCUCCAAGCUCAAGCGCACACAGAUUUACUGAAUCUGACAUUUAAGGCUCAUUGCUGACAUUUGUGUUAAUGAGCUCAAAUUCAUGGCCUUAAAAUUUGUUAUGCUCAUAGGUUAAUAACCGAUGCUCUUUGAAGAACAUGUACCCAAGUUGGGAGUUCUUUAAAAAACUUUAUUGACAUUUAAAAAUUAGCCAAUAAAAUUUAUUCAGAGUUUUUACAGAA